CCUUUCCCGGCCGAACUUGGCUUCCAUUUCCCCGCGGCGCCUCCCUGCCGCAGCCCCCGCGCCGGUUUCGUUUCCGAGGCGCGGCCGAGGGCGGGGUCGCCGCGGCGCCCAUGGCCUUCGCCCGCCCGCGCGCCCAACUCCUGCUCGGGCGACUCUCGGGGCCGCUGCGCGCGCGACGCGGGGUCUGCGCUCGGGCCAUGGCUCCGCCGCGCCGCUUCGCCCUGGAGCUCCCCGACUGCACUCUGGCCCACUUCGCCCUGGGCGCGGACAGCCCCGGCGACUCGGACAUCCCGGACGCGCGCCCCGAUCCCCGCCUGGCGGUGCUGCUGGGGCCCCCGGGGCGCAGCUACUCCCUGUGCGUGGCGCUGGGCCCGGACGCCGGCUGCAGGGCCCGGGUCCGGGGAGCGCGGCUGCACCAGCGCCUGCUGCACCAGCUGCGCCGCGGCCCCUUCCAGCGGUGCCAGCUGCGCAGGCUGCUCUGCUACUGCCCGGGCGGCCAGGCCGGCGGCGUGCAGCACGGCCUCCUGCUGCGCGACCCCAGCGAUGGUCCCGACACCCGGGGCGCUCUGCUGGACCUGCUGGGCACUUGCCAGGAGGCCCCGCGCCCGCUCCUGGGCGAGUUCGAGGCCGACCCGCACGGCCAGCUGUGGCAGCGCCUCUGGGCCGUGCAAGAUGGCAGGCGGCUGCAGGUGGGCUGCGAGCGCGUCCUGCCGGCCCCGGAGCCCCCGCUGCACCCGGUGGUGUCCGACCUGCUCAGCUCCGUGGUCUUCCCGAACCGGGAAGCCGCCCGGGUCGUUUUGGAGGAGUGUACACCCUUUAUUCCUGAAGCCUGGGAGGUGCUUGACCUGGUGGACCGGUGUCCGAAGCAGGUCCAGAGAGGAAAGUUCCCAGUUAUUGCCAUCGAGGGACUGGAUGGCACUGGUAAAACCACAGUGACUCAGUCAGUUUCAGGUUUACUCAGUGCUGUCCUCUUAAAGUCACCACCCUCCUGCAUUGGCCAGUGGAGGAAAAUCUUCGAUGAUGAACCAACUAUCAUUAGAAGAGCAUUUUACUCUUUGGGCAAUUAUAUUGUGGCUUCUGAAAUAGCUAAAGAAUCUACCAAAUCUCCUGUGAUUAUAGACAGGUACUGGCACAGCACGGCCACCUAUGCCAUCGCCACCGAGGUGAGCGGCGGCGUGCAGCACCUGCCGCCGGCCUGUCACCCCGUGUACCGGUGGCCGGAGGACCUGCUCAGGCCCGACCUGGUCCUGCUGCUCACCGUGGGCCCCGAGGAGAGAGCGCGGAGGCUGCGGGGCCGGGGCGUGGAGAAGACCAGGGAGGAAGCAGAACUGGAGGCCAACAGCGUAUUUCGUCACAAGGUGGAAGUGUCCUACCGGAGGAUGGAGAAUCCUGGCUGCCACCUGGUUGAUGCCAGCACCUCCAGGGAAGGCGUCCUGCGGGAGGUUUUAAGCCUAAUCCAGAAUAAUUGUAAAAAUGUGCCGGGUGCCACGUUUUGCUAGAUUAGACGUUUGAGACAUCUACGCCCGCCAUUUGUGAUGCAGUUUUCCCGGAUUUCUGUUGUAUGAGCAUAUUGUGUGGCAGAAAACUGGAGAGCAGGCGAUUUAAUUUUCCUCCAGCCCCUGUGCUCCCUUCUGACUGGUGGACCCACCGAGCUUGAGACGGCUGUGUUCCAGCGGGAGGCCAGCGUCUGCUUCCUGCCUGGUAUAGUCAACAUUUUCUUGGAACAUAGUCGUCACUCCAUUAUUCCCAACUCUCCUAAAAGCUCGUCUUAUCUAGACAGCGUCAGCUAUGCAGAAGCAACCGGGAAGAUCUGCCCAUCAGCAGGGAGCCCCUGCAGCCUCUCCUGCUCCCGCAUUCGGGCACGGGUUGUGCCGUGAUGUGCCCAGAGUCGGCUUCUUCCAGAUCUGGUUGCUCUUCAUAAAGACGGUCUCAUGUAGCCCCCGAUCCUAGAGCCAAGUCUUCCCACAGAGCCUGUCUCUGUGCCCUGGUUGUCCAAGGACAUGACUACGGAGCCAUUUGUGGGCAAGGGACACUGACAAAGAAGGCAUCAAUCUUGUAUCUGAGACUCAGAGCCUCUUAGCUCGUCCUCUGGGUUUGUGCCGCCGAGUCAAAUAUAAAGACAUUCAACCCAAGAUGCUCUAAGUAUAAAUAUACCAAAUUCUCUGAACUAUAUUUUGCUUAUUUGUCUUUCUUUCCUUUCCUACAAAAUACGGCUCUGGCCAUGAUGAGCAUUUUGCGCUGAGCUGGACGCAUUUCACUCGGCCAUUCCAGCAAUUUAUUUAUAUUGAUCUUUGUGUCAUGUGCUUCCUCGGUGUGGAGUCAUGCAUUAAAAUU